UGUCAGUGUUUAUUAUGCAUCUAUCUUUACAGUAACUAAUUUGUUAUCAAUAUCUCUAUAGACUUAGUAUAGUAACCAUGGCAAGUUUAAGGAAGUGGCUUUUCCUGUACUUUAUUACCAAUUUUUAUGUUAUGGAAAUUAUGUGUACAGAAGACUGCAGAGAAGACAAAAAAACAAUAAAUAAGAUAAUACCGGCACAUUACAAGCCAAAUCCGCGGCAACCAUGGUCACAAAUUUAUGUUUCUGAGCAGAGGGAGGAAAUUAUCACCGGACUAAACAUAAGCUGCAAAAAUGUCAAAUUACCUUUACAUUAUGUCGUAAAGGGCUCUUGUAAUAACUGCACACAAAUACUUACAAUCUUGUCAUCAAAUCUAUCUGAAAUACCCCCAUCUUCUUUUGUAAAUACUAAAACUAUAUCCAGACUUAUAUUAAAAAAUUUAAAUAUUUUAAAACUUUCUCCUGGUGCUUUUGUUCAACGGUCGUUAGUAGAAAUUAAUCUGUCAAAAAAUCGUUUAUCUGAGAUUGGCUUAGGUGUUUUUAAUUCGUUGGAUAAUCUAGAAACUCUCGAUUUAUCUCUAAAUCAAAUAUCAAAGUUAGAAACCCAGUCUUUUAGUGGAAUGACAAAUUUAAAGUCACUAAAUUUGUCACACAAUAGUUUAUUGGCAUUUUCCUAUAAAGUUUUUGAUCCUAAUAUUCACCCGAUGGAAGCACUAGAUUUAGGUUUUAACCCAAUAUUACACUUAACAGUAGAAAUCAAUAUUAAGAUAGAGAGUUUAUUUUUAAAUAAUAAUGAGCUGAACGAGCUAAACUUUUGUCCCCAUCUAUUUAAUACCGUGAGUUUAAAAAACAACCACUUAAAAAAUCUCUCUUCAACUUUUUGUACCUCAAAAGGUAAUGAUUUAAUUUCUUUUGAUGUCAGUUGUAAUAAUAUUAGUAGCAUUGGUGAUUUUUACUUCGGAGAAGCUUUGAAGCUGCAAUCACUAAACUUAAGCCAUAAUAAUCUUAGUUUACUGUCACCAGGAGUUUUCUACAAUAUGUCGAAUUUAAAAUAUUUAAAUAUGUCAUACAAUAAUCUUAAAGAUUUUAUGUUCGGUACAUUUGAUAGUUUAAAUAAUUUAGAUACUCUAGAUAUUUCGAAUAACAAUUUUUAUACAAUAAGUGCCUCUUUACAUUCUUUGACUAGCGUAAACCAAUUAUUCAUACAAAAUAAUCAUGUUCAAGAUAUAAAUCCCGAUCAACUUCAAACAUAUUUUCCACAAUUAAAGAAAAUAUUUUUUGAUAAUAAUAAUCUAUCUUGUGAUAAUGUUGUUAAUAUUGUUCGAAAGCUCAAAGCUUCAAAGGUAGAAAUAUUACACAAUAAUUUACGAAAUAGCACUAACGUCCAUGGACUUACUUGUUUAGGUACACCAGACAUUGCUCUCAUACCGAAAACCCUUAAUAAAACAGACAAUGAGACUCUGAAAGAUUAUUUCGACGAAAUAAAAAACAGUAGUUUAUACCAGAUGCUUGAACACAUCUAUUCAUCAGAAAAAGGAAAAAAUGUCGGGUAUUCAAAAAACGUAACUUCAGAUAAAUCAUUAACUGACAAAUAUCUAGAAGACAAUUUAAAAAAUACCCAGAACUUUACCAAUUAUUUUAGAGAAUUUAUAGAAAAUCAGAAAAAAAUUGUUACCGCAGAUAAUGAAGUGAAUACAAAAUUGUAUAAAUAUAUACAUGAAUUAAGUCAUUCUCAGGAGACAAAGACAAAUAUUUUGGAUCCUGAAAAGCUAGCGUACACUGAAACUAGUGGAUAUAACAAAAUGGUACUAGUUCUGUCUAUUAAUACUGUUUUUAUAAUAUUGUUAUGUUUGAUAGCUCUACUCAUUGGCUAUGUUCUAUUUAAAAAUAAUAAUUCUAGAGCACCAAACGUAAGAGAACAUGUAGAGCUAUUAGAUAAUUGAUCUGAAUAUCCUCUUGAGGAUGUAGAGAUAUUCAGAACAUAAUCUAUUCUGAACAUAUAUUAUGUUUUAUGUUAUAUUGAUUAUUUUGUUAUGUUUUAUUAUGCUGUUUCAAUGACGUAUAAUUUAUAGACCCAGCAGUCGGCUAUGCUUGAUAUGUGUAUAAUAUGGUGUCAUAAAGACCUGUGCCAUGGAGGUUUGAGGUAUGUUUACUACAACAGUGGCAUACUCAUCGUUUAUUUUAUAAUGUGUUUAUUUUCAUCAAAAGGAAAUUUAUGAAAAAAGCAUUAGUUAGAAGAAUUUUUUUAAAUGUCUUUAAUAAUAAAAAACCACAAAUUAAAGUGAAAUUCGUAUUUCGUAUUCAGCGUAAUGUACAAUAAUUUAUUCAUUAAAUAAACAAAACGCCUUCACUUCCUAUCAACACAUAACGUAAUGUUUAUAAAACCAUCUAAAUUUUAAAAAUUACUUGCCUAAAAAGUGAAAAGGUUUCGCUUUUCAAAUUUCCGCGACCAAAGACAAGACACUUAAAUGGAAAUUUACUGAAAUAUUACAUUAAUAAAAAAUGCCCAAAUUUUAGAGAUUUAAAAUAAAAUGUGCUUUUCAGAUUAAAUAUGAUGACAAACACGACCAUGACGUAUAUACAGUGAGCACGUAAAGGUUGGAAUAAAUUCAUUUUCUCGAGAAUGGACUAUUUUGGAAAAAAAUUCCGAGACAGGUCGAUUUUUACUUGUAAAACACGACUUUUUGGCAUCUAUAUCAUACUAGUGACGUCACCUAUUUGGGCGUGAUGACGUCAUCGAUGAUUUUUUAAAUGAGAAUAGGGGUCAUGUGAUAGCUUAUUUGAAAUGAAAUUCAAUUCCCUAUGCAGUAACAUAAACAUUAACAUAAUU